AGUUUAGAAACAGUGUUACGAUUGUGAUCGCAUGACCGCGAAAAAUGUCGCUCGCGGGGACAGAAUUGGAAGACUUGAAACCGGAAGUAGAGAAAGUUGUGUUGAAGUAUGGAUCAUCGCGCGAUUCCGUUAUGAAGUGUGCCGUAAAAUGUGUGAUGAACAAGUUGGAGAAGCGGAAAAUGGUUGAGAAAUUGUCAGCGUACCUGGACGGCUCGAAGGCGAGUAAACUCGCUUCGAAGUUGGACGACAUCAUUUACGAGUUCGAAUCCAAAUCCAGGAAGCGGUCGAAAAAUGGGGACGUUACAGACGGUAUCAAGUCGAAAAGAGCCAAGUUUCAGGAAGAAAAUACCGACGAAACGCCGCCAGCCGCCGCUAAAACCGAGCCAGCCCCAGUGACUGAAAUUGCUAACGAUGCCCCGAAACCGCCAGAGCCUGUCGAGGAGACGGUGGCGGCGCCUCAGCUCAACGCGCAACAAAUCAAGGAGAUGAUGGAAAAUGCCCAGCGCGUCAUCAUGCAACGGAAACAAGCACUAGAGGCGCAGUUGUCAUUGGCGCCCGGGGCGCCGCCGUUGAUGCGGCCGGGGUUGCCGGCAUUUGCAUCUCCACAGCAGCCGGGACCCCAGAGGUUCAACCAAUUUCCGCGGGUUCCGUCCGUUGCCAAUUUUCGGAUGAAUGCGGUCCAUCAGAGUGCCAUCGACACGAAGGAGGAGGCGGAGCGGCGGAGGAUCGAAUUGCAGAAUGAGAUCAAAAUGAAGUUGGGAGCAGCGGGAAUCGUUGUGACCACGAAUGCUGAGAAGGAGGCCAAACGGCCUGAUGUAGACGCGGUUGUGCGGAAGAGAUCCAUGUUCGACGUUGGUCCUACGAUUGAAGUCAAUCGUGCUCCGUCUGCACCGCAACCCGGUUCUUUAAAACUGGACGAACGGGGACGAAUGGUGGAUGCAUCUGGUAACGAAAUCGUCAUCCACCAACCCUUGCCUGAGUUGAAGGCGAACUUGCGGGCGAUCAAAAGACGAGAAAAACGUGAAAAUGAGACCGGAAUUCAAAGCGUUGCGUCGUUGGAACCUACGUUGGUGGAACCUGCGGAAAUCCCUCAGGAAUUGUCCACUUCUCUAUUUUUCGAUCCCAGGGUAAACAUGAAAAACUCUGUUAGAACUUCGAGGCGGAUGCAGUUUCACGAACUGGGGAAAUUCGUCAAGCUCGGGAAUCAGCUAAGAAUGAAGGCGCAACUGGAGAAAGUACAGAGUGAGAUUAAUCAGUUGGCAAAGAAGACCGGAAUUAGCAGUGUUACGAAGCUAGCUUUGGCGACGUCGUCGAUUCAGAAAGUGGACAAACUGGCUGGAACUGAAGAUAUCCCCGAUGUCGAGUGGUGGGAUGUCAUCGUUUUGAAAGGAAAAUCGUACGGAGAGACAGAAGAAGAAGUAAAAGCAAACGUGAACGAAACCCGAAUUACAAAUCUAAUUGAACAUCCGACGCACGUUUCCAAUCCAGGAGAAGCCAAUGAUGAUGGCGUGCUUCCGGUAUUCCUCACUAAAAAGGAACAAAAGAAGAAACGGCGUCAAAAUCGACGGGAAACCUGGAAAGAGAAACAGGAAAAAAUACGUCUCGGACUGGAACCCGCUCCGGAACCCAAGGUGGUUAUUCGCUUUAUUUUUAACAAACAGAACAAAAUUAAUGGAAUUGCAAUGGUUCAUACUCGGAUGACAAUAUCCAAUUUAAUGCGGGUACUUGGCACUGAUGCCGUCCAAGAUCCCACGAAAGUCGAAGCUCACGUACGGGAGCAAAUGGCAAAGCGACAGCGCAUGCACCAAGAAGCUAACGCUGCUAGGAAACUCACGAAAGACCAAAAACGUGAGAAGAAAAUCCGGAAAACUAAGGAAGAUGUUUCAACUGGCGUUCGUGUUUCUGUGUAUAGAGUGAAGUCCUUGACGAACGCAGCAAAGAAAUUCAAGAUCGAAAUGAAUUGCAAGCAACUGCUGAUGACUGGCUGCGUCGUUCUUCACAAGGACACCAACGUGGUGGUGGUUGAAGGCGGCCCCAACCAGCAAAAGAAGUUCAAACGCCUGAUGCUCCAGCGAAUCAAGUGGGGCGAGGAGAAAUUGAAGAAGGAAUCUAAAGACGCCGAGGAAGCCGACGAAGAGGUGGACAUGAACAAGUGUGUCCUCGUGUGGGAAGGGACGAUGUCGGAGCGUUCGUUUGGUGAAAUCACGUUCAAGUUUUGCCCUACGGAGAGUUACGCGAGAGAGUUUUUUAAGAAACGCGGAGUAGAGCACUAUUGGGACCUCGCCUACAGUGGCGCCAUUUUGGAAGCCGCCGAGGACAAUUGAAGCCGCUGCUCUCGCUGCUUGUCGUGUUGUUUUCCCGUUCCUUGUCGCAACUUUCCGGAUGGAAAUACAGCUUAGGUCUAACCGUGGAUGUUCUGGAAGCAGAGCCUAAGGCGGGUUUCGUUCCAUGCGUGAAUUCCUCGCUCAAGUAAGUUCAUUUCUGGCCAGUUCAGGACGGGUUUCUUGUCAAUUUCCAUUCUGAAAUGGGAUCAGUGCCGUUGAAGAUUGUAAGAAAUUUCGACCGACUGGAUGCAGUCCCUUCUGGCUUCUUUUAUAGAAAAUUCAGAUUUUAUGCCGCUUGUUCUCCCGAUUUGGAAAUAGCUGAUUUUUGUCAGAUGAGCUGAAAGAAUCGAAAUAAUAUUUCAGUCAGCUAAGGUUCUCGUUUAAUUUAUUUUUGCUGUGCCGUCGGUGCUCUGGCCGAGAUGAACUUGCUGCUUUUUUUUUUUAUCGCUUGCAUCAUAUCGAAACUGCACCGAGUGUUUUUUUGUUUUCUUCCUGCUUACUUCAGGAGCGGACUCGAGAGCAAAAUGGCUGCGUCCGUGGAUGUGCGACUCAAGAGGAGCUCAAAAAUCUACCACCAAGGCGAGGUGAUGACUGGCUUGCUGGUUUUGAGCUGCAAAUCCGACUUCAGACACGAAGGAAUUACAUUAUUUCUCGAUGGAACUGUCAACCUGCAACUGAGCUCAAAAACUUUUGGUCUGUUUGAAGCCUUCUACAACAGCGUGAAGGUGGGUUGAAGGCUAGUAUACACUGAACAGCACGUCGUUGCGUCACACCAGGCAACACUGCGUGAGCAUAUAGUAUGUGAACGUUCCAUAAUUUUGAGCAAAGGUUCCUGUGAACAAAUGUGAUACUCCGCGUACAGCUAAACUUUUCUCCGAAUCGUUGGAAAAUGGUUCUUGACUUAGGCUGAAUAGAACAUCAUGUAGGUGUCGCCUCAAUCGCUCACCUGACAUAACAAAACCAAUUACAGUACUGUACAUUCAACGUCUCCGAACGUUCCACGCGAAUGUCGCCACGGUCUUGAACGCGAGCAUUGUCACGUAGCAAAACCCAACGUCAUCUCACCUGGCACAGAUUUAACAAAUGAAAUGUGAUGGAAUUUCGGUGACACAUCCGUAAUGUGAAGUCGAAGCACGAAAUAAUUACACUGAGUAAGAAAAAAUCGUAGUAUGCUUGGUUGGUGUUCUUUUUUAAUUUUGCUUCAAGUUACGUUGAAAAUUCAUGAAAGAAAAUCGAACUCGUCAAUUCGAGCAAUUUUCUGAUGCUUCCAUGCAGCCAAUCACUUUGAUGAGCUAUCAGACGGACGUCGCAAAGCCGGGGAGGAUUCCUGCUGGUGUAGUUGAAAUUCCAUUCGAAUUUCACGUGGUGCCUAACGGAGCUUCGAAGAAACUGUACGAAACUUAUCACGGAGUCUUCGUUAACGUACAAUACUCCGUCAGAUGCGAAAUGAAGCGUGGGAUGUUGUCUAAAGAUUUGCAAAAAAGCAUCGAGUUCAUUGUCCAAUACCGGGAUCAAGAAGCCGAUAGGGCCGUGUUGAAGCCGCUGGCUUUCACAGUGACCCCGGAAUCGGUGCGAAACAUGAAGGAUCGCGAUCGAAUGCCGAACUUUCACAUCAAAGGCCGUCUGGACAGCACAGUCUGUGCGAUUACUCAGCCGUUCACUGGAGAAGUACGAGUAAUGAAAAUCGUGGGAGGGAUAUCUGGUAACCACGCUGAGUCGUGAAAAAAAGAAGAGUACAAAAAGAGAAGAUCAAUCAUUGGUUUUAUAACUUUAUCCAUGAAUAAAAAGAAAUCACGCAUGCGAUCAUCAUCGCGAAAGAUUGUACAUCACAGUAUUUCUUUAUACUUCUGAAGCAUCCGGUAAUAUUGAGACAUCGUAGAAUAUUUUAGAACUGACGUUUUCACCUUGUACUCAGCCCGUAAUGUACUGUAUUUCCAAUGGUUUCCUCAACCACUUGAAAAAAUUCAUCAUGAAGCUUGUCACUGCCUCCUUGAAUAUCAGACAGAUGUCGCCUGAACCUAUUAAUGCAAGGCUUCGGAGAAUUGCCAAUUGAUUCUAGACCCCCGAAAAAUCCCCGGGGAUGGUACGUCGUCCAUUAAUCGAUCAGCCCAUGAAGAACACAAUGAUCGAGCAAUGUAAAGUUCUAAAGAAAAUCGCCCGAACUCAUCAUUCGAAAAAUCACUGUUUCCCGGAAAGUAUUCUAGUGUACGGGCUGUCACUUUCUUCGCUUGUAAACCGGACAAACCUUGUACCGAACCACUCUAAUGCGCCAAUAUCGGACUAUAACUUCGUUUCUUCUGACAGUUGACUAUCGAAAGGUGUGACAUCCAGAUCAAAUCCAUCGAAGUACAAUUAGUUCGCGUGGAAACUUGCGGAUGUGCGGAGGGAUACGCCAAAGAAGCGACGGAAGUGCAAAAUAUACGGAUCGGUGAAGGUAACGUGAUGCGUGGAAUUUCAAUCCCAAUUCACAUGAUAUUUCCACGACUUUUCUCGUGUCCCACCCUUGCCGCACCGAAUUUUAAAGUUGAAUUCGAAGUGAAUCUCGUCAUUCUGUUGAAAGACGAUCACGUGAUCACGGAGACCUUUCCGAUCAGAAUCACAAGAAGCUAGUUGGAUAUAUUGGUGCCUUACGAAGCCCGCUGCGCGCUUUCAUUCCGCUUGGGAAACCCUAUUUUCAAUGUGUGAUCGGGGAUACAUGCGAGGCUCUGUUCCUUUCCGCGCGAACGGCAUGGACCGACUCGGGGAGGCUUUCGGUAAUUUUAGGCUCAGAUACAGAGGAGAAAUUGAUGGGCGGCUCCCAGUGGUGAUUUACAAGAGCGAAGCGUCAGGCUUGACUAUUGUGUUGCACAAAGUUCCUGGGCCAAUUGUGAAUGGCUAUGUUGCUCUCGCGACUGAACCUCUCGACGAUGAUGGACUCCCUCACACGCUGGAGCACUUGGUUUUCAUGGGCAGUGAUGAGUACCCGUGGAAGGGCAUGUUGGAUUUAGUGGCCAACAGGUGUUUCGCCUCGGGCACGAACGCAUGGACUGGAUCACACGGCUUACACGAUGAAAACUGCCGGCAGCGGAGGCUUCUGUAACUUGCUCCCGAUUUAUUUGGACCACAUAUUUUUUCCUACGCUUCAAGAUUCGUCCUACUUGACCGAAAUCCACCACAUCAACGGUAUCGGCGACGACGGAGGAAUCGUCUACUCGGAAAUGCAGUCGAUAGAAAACACCGCCGGUACCAUGGUUCACCAUGCCAUGAAAACCCACAUGUACCCGGGGAAAACGGGCUACAACGUGUGCAGUGGAGGAUCGUUGAAGAAUUUGCGGGAAUCGUGCAACAAUGUCAAGGUGAAAGCGUUUCACAGGGCCUUUUAUCGACCGGAGAAUGUGUGGCUUAUCGUCACGGGGCAUGUGACUGCUGUUGAGGUCAUGGAUGCGAUUGAGCCGAUUGAAAGGAAGCUCGUGAAGAAGAAGGUGAAUGAUCCAUUUGUUCGUCCGUGGUCGUCGAAUGUCGAAGAUUUGAAGAAGACGUCGGACGUGAAAGUUCUUUUUCCUGCAAAUGAGGAAGAUUUCGGGAUGGUGGAAGUCGGUUGGAGGGGACCUUUCAUUAAGAAAGGUGUUGAUGAAAUCUUCGGUCUAAGUCUGCUGAUGGAUUAUAUGGUUGACACUGCGAUUAGUCCGCUGAGGAAGGCCUUCGUCGAGAUGGAUUGCCCUCUUGCGAGUCGUGUCGGUACUGAUAUACUGGACAACGCAGCGUCAAGUUUGAUUUUCAUGUUCCACAACGUACCCAUAAGCAAGUUGGAUCUGAUUGCGCCAAAGUUGAUGGAGUGUCUGAAGAGCGUGAAAUCUUCCACGUUUGACAUGAAACGCAUGUCGAACAUUUUGCAUCGCACGAAAAUCGAUUUCAUGCUUCUACUCGAGUCGAAUCCCAGUUUACUCUUGGCAAGUGAAACCAUCGGUCAUAUGUUGUAUGGUACACACAUCAACCAAUUCAGAGACCGUUUGAACAGAAUGGAUACGAUCGAGCAGCUGAUGGGGAAAAGCAAGAAAUUCUGGGUCGCUUUGUUGAGGAAAUAUUUUGAUCCCGCUUUACCUCAUGUUAUUGUUCGUGGAUGCCCUUCAAUUGCUAUGAAGCAAGAAAAUGCUUCAAAGGAAGCAUCCAGGCUGAAUGCUCAGAAGCAGAAGCUUGGCAAGGCUGGAAUGGAAUUGAAGGAAAAACUGCUGACGAAGGCGGUGAAAGCGAACGAGGUGGCCCCUGAUCAGGAGAUACUGGAAUCAAUCCCAGUUCCGAGCGUGAAAGGCAUUCGAUUUCACCCCAUCACUUCGUAUGCGAAUUUCAAUAUGGACGCUGGCCGCAUUGAAUCGUUAGCGCCAAAUUUCGAUUUGGGGUUGAUUCCUUUCAAAAUGAGAAUCGAUGACGUGAACUCCAGCUUCAUUGCCAUGUCGCUGAUAAUCAAUACUUCAGAGAUCAGUGACGAUCUCCGAUCGUAUCUGCCCCUGUACCUGAAAUGUGUGAAGGAAACUGGUUUGAAGUUACCGUCCAAGGUUUCGUGGCUGAGGGAUGAUGAUGCCCCUAAACAGCCUUGUCUAGAACAGUGUCCUUCUGGUCAACCUUUGGCUGGAGCCAGCAUGGAUGUGAUCUGUGACAGUUUCAGAAUUGUUCCUCACGAAACGGUCGUUACGCAGUUGAACAUUGACACGCAAGUUGCCUCUGCGGGAUUGGGGAUCGAAAGCAAAAACGCAUUUUCUCCGGGGGCCUUUUCGCAGUAUGCCGUCUUCAACGUUCAGGUUGAAAUGGAGAAGUAUGUGGAAGGAGUGCAAUGGCUUCGAAACCUCGUUUUCUAUCCUCACCUGGAACCGAGUCGUGUUCAAAUUGUUGCCUCCAAACUCGCUCAGAGCGUUGCUCAAAAGCGCAAAGAAGGCCGAGGAGUUGCUCUCGCACUCAUCAAAGAUCUCAACUAUUCUCGGAAAAGCAAUGUCUGGGUAUCUGGGAUGAUUCGACAACAACGGCUACUGUUGGAAAUAUCGGAUAGUUUCACAAAAACCAGAGAUGCUCCACUGACCAAGAGCAAACGUCUGGACAGUCCCGUGAAUGAACAGUCUCUGGAAGCAUCAGCUGCACACUUGUUGAAGCUCAAAGAGUUGCAGAAGGCCUUGAUCAAUUCCGCAUCCUCCAUGGUGAUACACAUGGCCACUGACUUGUGCAAGCUGAAAAGCUUGAGGAAAACUGGACUUGAAGAUGCCUGGUUGGAGACAUUCGCUGUGGCGUCUCUGAAUGUGCCCAACAAGGCAGAGGCUGAGGAAAGAAUACCGUCCUCUGGUGCGCGCCUGAGUGUCCAUGAGGCGAAACAUGACUGGCUUCCUGCGCCAGACCGACUCCAAAUCCAGCCAAAAUCUGAGCCGGCACUCAGAUUGGAUCAGAGUGUGGCGCAGUUCUCGAAGGAAGACUUACUUGGUCGACCAGAUGUUGUUCUUGGGAUGGGGUCAGUGGAAUCGGCCUAUCUUUAUCAGACUGUGAAGACGGAUAUUCUUUCGUAUUACCACGAAAGCUAUGCUCCGAUGCUAGUUUUCCUCCAGUAUUUCAAGCAAUUGGAGGGUCCCAUCUGGAAAGCCGUCCGUGGAAAAGGGUUGGCUUACUCGUAUAAUUUCAACCUUGGAGUAGACGAAGGACUGAUGCAUUUAUCCCUCGGUAUGGCUAGUAACAUACUGGAUGCUUACGCCGAAACGGAGAAGAUUUUUCGGUCUCAUCUGGAUGGUAAAGAAAAGUGGAACAAUCUACUUUUUGAAUCUGCGAAAAGUUCCUUGAUCUACGAUCUGGUUGAACGAGAAAGUAGCAUUUCUUCAGUGGUGACGCAAUCGCUUCUGGCCGCCUUUCAAAGCCGAGCAGUGGACUUUUUUCGCAACUUUUUGACUGAUGUCAAUGAAGUGAAGCUGGAGUCAAUGAUUGCAGCUGGGAAAUCGCACAUGCUGGCGUUGUUUGAUCCGGAGAAGUCCCGCUGUGCAAUCGUUUGUAAUCCUGACAAAGUUUCUCACAUCGUUGGUACAUUCAGGAAACAUUACGGGAGGGAAUUGCGGCCUUUUUCUUCCAUCGAAGAAACACCUCUUAGCAGUUCAUUCGCGUGAGAACUUGUUAAAUGCCUCUUCUUUGGAUGCGUCCGAAGUAGUGUUCUAGUACUUUUGUAUGUCGAUUGAUUAAAAUAAUCUUUAAGCAAUGCAAACAA